CUUCCAUUCUCUCAAUCACUCAAUCCUCGACAAAAUCGCUAGCUUAUUGGACAAAAUUUUCAUUUAGAUAUGGCAGGACGAUUUAGCACAUGGAGCAGCACCCUCCGACAAAGGCUAUCAUCGUUAUCACCAUCUUCAUCACGAAUGAUAUCCAAGAUCUCAUAUACUACUCUGCCUCUUGACACGCCCAUUGAAGAGGAGACGUUGCCCUUUUAUAAACCCGAGCAUUACUACCCCGUUAAAAUUGGCGACAUAUACGAGACCCGGUAUCAGGUUACGGGAAAACUCGGUUAUGGGGCGUAUUCUACAAGUUGGCUAUGCCGGGAUCUCCAUGUUGAAGGUAUCUACAUCGCUGCCAUCAACUCGACCGCAUCAGGUCGCGAGCUUAAGAUCUAUGAGCAUCUAGCCAGAGUCAAUUCUACGCAUCCAGGUCAAGCGCUGAUCCGCGAGCUUUAUGAUUCUUUCGACCUACACGGACCUGCUGGGCAACACCGCUGCUUAACGAUGGGGCUCAAUUCCAGGCCAUUUAAUCUGCCUCUUGUCAAAAUGACGGUGAAGCGUCUGCUUCUAGCUUUGGACUUCUUUCACACCGAAGCCAACGUCAUCCACACCGAUAUCAAGACGGACAACCUGAUGCUUAGUUCCGAGGACGACGGCAUGCUGGCGGACUUUGCGAAAGCCGAAGCCGAGGAUCCCAGCCCUCGAAAGCAGAUUGAUGAGUCUCGUAUCAUCUACCAGAGUCGGCGAUUCCGUCGACCGUCUGCAUGUAAGAGUUAUGGGCUCCCAAUCCUGUGCGAUUUUGGUGAGGCACGGAUUGGGAUCCAGCAGGAGUCUAGGCCCUUUAUUCAGCCGCACAUCUAUCGGGCGCCAGAGAUCAUCUUCGAAUUGCCCUGGGGAAGCGCCGCCGAUAUCUGGAACCUGGCAGGCUUGAUCUGGGACCUUUUCGAAGGGGAGUAUUUGUUCGAUGAUAUUUUCGAUGCCAAAGGCGGCCACGACCCGUUCAAGCAUCUGGCACGCAUGGUCGCCUUGAUCGGGCCACCGCCGGUGGGAUUUAUUCGCCGCAGUGAAACGACCGAACAGUGUUUUGACCCUGAUGGCGCCUGGGUUGCCCAUGAAGAAACAGUUGUACCAAUGAUCUCCUUAGGGAGCCUAGAAAAGCGACUUGCAGGAGAAGAGAAGGUGGAGUUCAUCCAAUUCAUGAUGUCAAUGCUGAAGUGGCUACCAGAAGAGCGAAAGACGGCGAAGCAGCUGCUCGAGGACUCGUGGCUACUCUGAUAUUUCAGCUAAACAUGCUUCCUUUGUCACAUUGGCUAUCAGUUCAUAUUUGGUUUACCCUGUCUCCUACCGGCGCCAAUAUCGCAACCUAUAAGAUUCCUUGGCUUAGAGCCAGCCUCGGCCUCUCCAUUCACCCGUCAUGUUACAAGCGCCUAGCAAAGCGAGCCAGCCACCGCUCGGGGUUAUAUCAGGGGGCCAAAAGUCUACGACUGAUCAGAAGCCCAACCUCAAAUUUUCCUACAUUUUUCUGAGAAAGCCUAACCAGUCUCUUCACCGACACUUGCACUGUGAGGCAUACAUGUCCCUUUGAAAUAGCCUUGGUGCCUGAUUUCGCGUCAAAAAGCCUUUGUUUCUGGUUCAUUCAGGCACACUAGGCAGUCUUUGUCGCGGCAUAGAUUCUUUAUCGAAGCGAAUUGCUCACUUAUGGCCCAGCAAUUCCACCCGCUUGUGAGC